AUGAGUAUGGAGUCACCGGGUUUGAAGAGCCGCCUAGGCCAAGGCAAGAUGGCGGGGCGUGGAAGAAGGAGGAGGAGGAGGAGACUUCGGGGCCACUCCAAGGGAGGCUUGCAUUGGGAGUUAGAGCUGGGUUGGUUCUGGGGCUGGGAUUGGCCUGGGCUGGUGUUGGGGCUGGGGAACCUGUCCCAGCAAGUCUCCCCAGGACCUGCGAACAACCUUCGCCUCUUUGAGCCCUCCACGGCUGACCCCUUCUCGGACAGGCGUGAGCCAGGGAGAGCAUGGCCAGCCCCAACAAUGGCUCCUGUGCCAUCAAUUUCCCAAGCAACAGCUCCUGCGCCAUCGAUUUCAAGGCUUUCAAGUCCUGCUAACCACCAGUGGAAGUUUGGGUUCCCUUCCUGCCUGCUGUUGGCCAUCAUCUUCGUAACCAACUUCUACGCCAAGAUUGGCUUCCUGUGCCUGGUGGGCCUGGAGCGUUGUGUCGGCGUCCUGUGGCCCCUGCUCUGGAGAACUUGGCAUUCCCCGCAGCUGGCAGCCCAGGUCAGCUUGGCCUGGUGGGUGUUCGUGGUCACUUUGAGCACGGUGGGCCGCUACUUCCUACUCUUUGACCCAAACUACAACGAGACACUCUGUUCUGAAGCAUUCCCGCCGGGGCGGAGGUACAUCCUGUUCAAAAUCAGCACCGCCCCUUUGACAUUCUUCGGGCCCCUCCUCUUCGUGAGCGUCAGCUACGGAAUCAUCCUGAGGGAGCUGCGAAGAGUGGCGUUCCUGGCAACCAGGAGGCAAAUUUUCGCCUGCGUCUUCCUCACCAUCAUGACCUUCUUCCUGGUGCUGGGGCCGAACCAGGGUGUUUCCGUCUACAGGUUCAUAUCUCUCCAAUCCGUGAAUAACACAUGCGGGGAAAAGUGUCUCUGUUAUGUAGAGGAAAAACUGGUCAGCCCUCAGAACGUGACAUGGUGUCUGAUGGUCCUCGGGAACAUUCUGGAUCCCUUGGUGUACAUCCUGCCGACGUACUUCCAGCAGGGAAAGGAAGACAGCGGCCAAGUCUCCAGCCAUCCGGCCCAGGGUAGCAUCCCCCCUGCAUCCUUGGUCCCUUGGCUUCUGCAAGCCCAGAUGGGACAAGCGCAGGCCACAGGGAGACUAAAAAACCAGGCCCCAAACCUGGGGACUGAGGAGGCUGAAGCUGUUCCCCUCAGAGUGUUUCCGGGCACAGAGGAGGAGUGGCAGUCAGGACAGCUGAGGGACUUCCCGUCCCUGUCAGUAACUCUGUGA